AAGACCAAAACAAAUACAAGCACAGGUACCUGGAAGACCUAAAGGAGGAGGACUUAAACAAAAUCAACAAAAUAUACUACAGAUAAAACAAAUACCAAUAAAACAAUUACCGAUAAAACAAAGACCAAAUGUAAUAAGAGAAAAUCAAAUAAGAGAUAAUCGGAUAAUUGAUCCACAGAUAGAUAGAGGAGUAUUGGAAAUAAAUGUACAAGAAGAAAUAUGUUCUAUAUAUUUAACAGCAUUUGAUAUUGAAAAUUUAGAUGGACCUGAUGAAUUAUGGAGAAAUGUAGUACCAGAAAAUAUAUUGAGACCGGACACGAUAGCUUUACAAAGAUAUAGAGAAAUUUAA